AUGCCUUUCAUCAAGGGUCCAAUCUCGCUGCAGGGCCGCAGCUCACACAUUGUCCUCACGCUCGUCCUCAUCGUGCUCUUCCUCCACACGAUCCGCAUUGUCAACCAGCCAAAAACUCCCAGCGCCUUGCUACGCGAUGCAGAGAUACUACCAGAGGGCAGCACAUCGCCCGAGGAGCUCUACUUGCAGCGAUUGAGCAAGGAUCUCGGUCUUACGAGUGAGCUCUCAUGGCGCGCAUGGCGCAUUGUUCCAAGCGAGCAGUCAGAAGACUGGCCCUCCGUCACAGAGGUCAACCUAAAAUUUGAAGCCGUGCAGCCAAAGCUCGUCGACACUAGCGCGCCCGACCGCCUGGACUUGUACGCCAAAAAGCGCAUGGAGCUGCCCGUGCCCGCGAGCCCCUUGCUGGGUCGCGUAGACGCGUCGGAUUUUUUAUUCGGUGUUUCGACGACGUAUGCGCGCAUCAAGGAUCGCGACUUUGCCAUGAUCAAGGCCUGGUCCCGCUGGCUCACCGAUGGUCACCACCACAGCAACGGCGCGAGUCUGGUGGUUGUCCUGAACCAGGCGCGUAACGAUGAAUUGGAGGAGAUUGACAUGACGCUGCAGGCCACGGGCAUCGAUGCCUGGGUCACGACGACAGAGGAACCCAUGAGCAUGGCCAGGCGAUACUUUGAGCUUUCACGCAUUCUCAAGACAUUUGCGGCAAACUUGGCCGCCAAUGGCCAGGACAAGAGGUGGUUCGGACUAGUGGAGGACGAUGUAUUCUUCCCGAGCUUGUCGCACCUACGGGACCGACUCUUCUCCUACAACACCGAUGGCCAGCAUUACAUUGGUCUACCCAGCGAGCGACUAGACUGGGAGGCAAGCGACGACGACCAAGGGCUCAGGACGUAUGGAGGUGGCGCCGUGCUCCUGACAAGGCAGUCCAUCUCCGUGGUGCCUACGCUGCCCUGCUUCGAAUCGCGCGCCACCGGGCCGGCUUUCAGAGCGAAGCGAUGGGACCAGCUUCUACAUGACUGCCUCAUGCUCCAUUCCGAGAUCGACAUGCAUGUUCUGCCCGGAUUCUACAACCCAAAGGACGACACAUACGACCGGCAGCUGGACAGCUAUGAGACGGGCCAGAAGCCGCUCCUCCUGCGUCGCUACGCCCAGCGACACCUUCUCAACAUCAACAAGGCACACCUGGUCACGAAUGUGUGUGGCGAGUCGUGUUUCAUGCAGAGGUACCUAUUCGACGACAAAUGGGUUCUCGUCAACGGUAUCUCCAUUUCUCACUAUCCCGAUGGCGUCAAAGUGAGCCGUCCCCUGCCGCCAGGUUCGCCCGACGCCCCAGCGGCAUCGCCUGGCAAGCGUGACGAGGAACCAUCGCCAGACACACCUACCGAGGACGCACCAACACCAGCAGAGUCGGGUGCGGUUCCAGUCCCGGAGCGGGUGGUCAUUGAUGACGAGCUCGAAGGUAUCGACAAAGCCUCCCUCAGUUGGACGGGGAGGAAGAACAUGUGGCGCCUCGUGGACUCGGCCAUGAGUAAGGAUCGUGCCGUGUGGCAGGCCUAUGUGAAGAGAGCAGAUAAGAGGGAUCCGGAAAGCGACCAACGAGAUUCCGUGAUUGUACUGAUUUGGGAGCACGGGAAGAUGAAUGCUUGA